UGGAAUUGGCCACGUAAAUUGGGGAGCAUCGCUGAAGGAGAGGAAGGAAAUAGCGCCUUCCACCUCUGAUUUAGUGCUGAGCAAGAGAGGACGGGACCGGUCGUCCUCUGCGUUGUCUUCUAGCGUGCACAAAGACAGUCUUGCUGUCUGUCAGUGAGGUCGAAAAGAGGGGGGAGGGGGAAGGAAGAAGGGUCUUUCUUCUGCGCUCUCGGAAAAACAGACAGACAGCCAAACAGUCAAUCUGGUGGCCUUUUCUGUCCACUGCUGCGCGAAGAAGACAAGAUGAUCAAGGCUGUGUUGAUUGUAAACAAUCACGGCAAACCGCGACUGACAAAAUUUUAUGAGCGUAUAUCCCCGGAGAAGCAGCAGGAGGUCAUACGUGCUUCGUUCUUAGUUUUGUCCCAACGACCGCCGAAUGUUUGUGGGUUUGUGGAAGAUGAUGCAGUGUUCGGAAAGAACAUUAAGAUAGUAUAUCGCCACUUCGCAACACUCUACUUCAUCUUCCUGGUCGAUAAGUCGGAGAGUGAGCUUGGAAUACUGGAUCUUAUCCAAGUGUUUGUGGGCACGCUUGAUAAGUGCUUUGAGAAUGUCUGUGAAUUGGACUUGACAUUCAACCUAAACAAGGUUCACACGAUUCUCAACGAGAUUGUUAUGGGAGGGCAGGUGCUCGAGACAAACUCUGUGGAAAUAUCCAAAGCGCUCGAGGAUAUUAACCGACUGGAACGGAUGCCAGAACCAUUACCGACACAGUUGAAAGGACCAAUAAGGCGAUAGCAACAACAAACAGCAAACAGUCAGUUCACAUUCAUUUGCAAGAGGAAGGGAGGGUGGGGGAGCGGAUGUGCGGCAGUGUGUUGGGGGGGGAGGGGGGUGGGGAGGAGGAAGAAGCCCAUUCUCCAUUCUUCGACCUUUAAGACAACAAGGAGGGAGGAUAGCGGCACCUGAAGUGUGGUACGUGAAGAAAAUGGAAGCGAGUGAAGAAGUGGUGUGAUUUGCAUUGUGAUGAGGGAAUGACCGACCAGUGAUGUGUGCUGGCAGAGGGAAGAGACUCGCUGUACCUUGCUGGGUGCCAGAGGCUCGAGAUGGUCUGCAGUGGUGAUCAGUGAUCGUGUUUAGCAUCGGUUCAUGACUGCUGGACUGCUCAUGCCUGAAUUGGCUUCACUGGCUGCCACGUGGUUUUGUGCCUGCCCUUCUGGCUAUGGUCACAGGACGCUUCGUCAUUACUUUUUGGUGUGUGGAUUCAUUCGGCACGUGGCUGAUUGAUUCUUCGUUCUAGCAUCCAUUCAUGGUUUAUGGCCCUCCGGUUCGAACUACACUGCCAAGCCCCCCUGCCGUUGCCAACUCCUUGACUCCUUAUCUGUGCUGUGAAAGGCAGAACUGGUGAGUGUCGGCCGCCUUACACGACUCGCAUUGCUUCAUGCAUCUAAUGUCAAUGUACAAAGUUCUGAUUUAUAAACAAAUGUCUCUCCUGAUU